AUGAACUCGAUCAACGAUAUCCAGAGAAGAAAAAUCAACAUGUUUCUGGUAGCCGAUAAUAUGGAAGAUGAAUCGCAGAUGGAUUUGGCUGUUCAUGGUGAACUCGCAGGAAAGAUCGUGGAACAAAUUUUCGACCAGGUGCAAAAGAAUAAAGAUCUGAAGGUAUCGUUGGGCCCAGGUCUUUACUACAAGCACAAGGUUAGAGAUACCGUGUCAGCUGAGAAGUGUCAUCAAAGUUUUAGCAACGACAAAGAGAUGGACGAGAUAAUGAACAAGAUCGUGUCGCUUCUGAAUCAACUCAUUUUCGAGGAGGUGCAGAAAAAGACGUGCAUUUCCCUGCCGCCAGAUUUGAUGGAGUUUUUGGACUGGAUGUUAGAAUUGAAUUCGCAAACGACAUCGUUGCAACAAGUAACGGGAUAUUAUUGUUCGAAUGGGGGAAAUUUGACGCGCACGUUGCAAUUUUCGUUCCAGCUACCACCGACGUUACCGUUCAUAAAAGGAAAUUCGGAGGAACAUUUUCCACGGGACAAAUACCUCUUCCAGAGUUUUCCGAGUCAACGUAUAGAGACCGAGAUCACUGAAUUGUACAUAAAGAUCACAGUGAUACGUAAUCUCAUAAAGGAAUACGGUACCUUGUCGGAAAAGGAGCAGGAGAAAGUCGAGGCGAUUCACGAAUAUCUGGUUAAAUUUGAUCUUGAUCGAUGAACAAAAAAACUUUCCGCCAUUUUCUCCAUUUCGUUUUCAUUCGUUCCCUUCGUCCGUUCCUUCUUUCUAGGAGAAACAGCUAGAUUUGUUGCUCGAGUACAUCGAAAUGAAGGAGGAGGUCGAGAGGAAGGAGAAACCGGAUGAAGAGAACGGAGUGGUCAACAUAAGCGAGAGUAAUUUCACCGUGUCGGAUGGUCUUUUGCACAUAAAUUUGCCCAACAUAUUGAAACUGAACAGCGCAGACUUCUUCGCUAAUCAGGAUCUUCUUCGAGACAGUAAAUCCAUUUACGCGAAAUU